CAGGACUUGCAAGCGGCGUGUUGCGUCGUGCUUCUGGAAGUUGGCCCUGGUUGGCCUGGAACCGUGGGCCGGUGCGGUGCUCUUGGUGCUUUGGCGAUUGGUGGGCCCAAUUAUUCAUACCUGCCUAUUUGCUCACAGGGAGAGGCUGAAUGACCUGCAAGCUCCUAGCAGGCCGCCCCAACUCACGUCGCGCCACGGUUUCGUGCCGGGAGGUCACGGCAAUCGAAAGGCCGGCGAGGCCGAGUCGCCACUAACAGAAAGAAAUGCGCGUAUUGUCGCUAACAUUAAUCACUUGCGUGCUGCUCGUGUCUCUUGCGGGCAGGCGCGGCGCACUUUCAGACGUAAAUGUUCUCGAGACUACUCAGUCGCUGCCUCCGAAAUGCCGCGUUCCACGACCACAUAUCCCAGAGCUUGUCCGGACCAAGCGCCCGCACGAGUUCCUUGCAGAAGACGACCUCCCGCGGGAUUGGGACUGGCGCAACAUAUCUGACCCGCGCUACGUGGGCAGCGGCGGCCCCCGCAACUACCUCAGCCCCGUCACCAACAUGCACGCGCCAGCGGGCGGAUGCGGUUCCUGUUGGGCGCAUGGAGCCGCCAGUGUCCUGGCAGACAGGUCCAACAUCCAGCGCGGGGGCGCGUGGCCGGCUGCGCACGUGUCCAUUCAGCACCUGAUCGACUGCAGCGGCGGCGGCAGCUGCCGCGACGGCGGCGACGAGGUGGCCGCGUACAAGUAUGCGGCGGAAACGGGCGUGCCGCCGGAGACGUGUAGCCCCUACGUGGCAAUGGACCACGGCGCGUGCACGCCGCUGCAGCAGUGCUACACCUGCUGGCCGCACUGCCGCCCGGUGACGGCCUUCCCCCGACUGACCGUUUCCGAGUACGGCAGGGUCAGGGGCCGGCUCCAGAUGAAGGCGGAGAUCUACGCGCGCGGCCCCAUCAGCUGCGGCAUCGCCUCCUCCAAAGGCGUGCAGGCGUACAAGGGCGGCGUGUAUGCCGAGUACCGGGAGCGGCCGCAGGUCUCCCACACCGUCACAGUGGUCGGGUGGGGGGUGGCGCCGUACGGGCAGCAGGGGCCGGGCGGGCAGCUGCAGGGCCAGGGCCAGGGCCAGGACCAGGGCGAGGAGGGCGGCAUGGAGUUCUGGGUGGUGCGAAACAACUGGGGCGAGGCAUGGGGCGAGCGCGGCUUCAUGCGACUGGUGACUUCGGCCUACAGCCCUGGCAGAGGUGAUAGCAGUAGCGGCAGUAGCAGUAGCAGUAGCAGCAGUGGCAGCAGUAGCAGCAGUGGCAGCAGUAGCAGCAGUGGCAGCGGCAGCGGUGAGCACUACAACCUGGGGGUGGAGACCGAUUGCUCCUUUGCCGUGCCGGACAGAUGGGUGCCAACGCCUGAGGAGGAUUCUGCGCCAGACGACAUCGCAUAGGAGUCGGAGCGGCAGCUGGGAUGCAUCAAUUUUGCUUUGCUUUUGUUUCGGUAGUGGACACUCAUGUGGUUUUGAGUUAGCUGUUGGUGCGUGAAGUGGCAUUAGCGACUGCGUUUGCAUGUAUUGGGGUAGCGGUUUGGGAAAAGCGGCUGUCUUCGGCCCAUGGCCGCUGCAACACCCAUGCACAUGCCCACACUGGCCCACACACCCCGGCCACCUGCUCAUUAUCCCGGUGCC